AUGGCGGGAACAACAAACGACACCUCGCCGUUGCAAGAUGAUUCCCAGGCGUUGUCGAUUGAUCUCUCCAUCGCUACAGCUUCUCAGAUCCUCUUUGGCAUACUUGGGGUCUUGGGCAAUGCCCUUUGCUUUGCUGUGUUGCGACGUCAGGCAAGGGAUAACAACACCAACUGGCUCAUCGUUACCCAAUCCGCCAUCGACUUUAUCACCUCCCUCAUCCUCAUCAUCAAUACCAUCCAAACAACUUGGUAUCCUUUCUCGCCUCCUCAUAAAGGAAUAGGAGCGGAGUUAUUCUGUCGUGUCUGGAACUCCAGAGUGGCGACCUUCAGCGGGUUUGCAAUCUCCACCUUCAAUUUGACGAUCAUCUCCCUCGAACGUUACGUCGCCGUCGUGCAUCCGGUUCUCUACAUGACGCGAUUGAAACGUCGAACGAUUUAUCUUAUAGCAGCAGCGGCAUGGCUAACCGCGCCGACGCUACAAAUCAUGUUCGCCGUCGUCUUGUUCGAUUACGAUGAAGCAUCGGCCAAUGACUGUAUCGUCGUACAGACAAGCGCGGCUUUCCCAAUUGCUUCAGGUGUUGCCACUUUCCUUGUCGAGUUCUUUAUGCCAGUUGUGAUCAUGGGAUACUCUUUCGCUCGCAUCACGGCCAAACUACGCACAUUCAAGCGUGUCAGACCCGCGGCAGGCACCAACUCAGAUGGGCCACCUCCAACCUGCCAAAGCACUACAGAUGAAGUACCAAUGCAAGAGGCUCCAGGAUCUCAAAGACUCACGACAGGAGGUCCGCAGUCCUCUGCGCCUCCUGGGAACAACCAGAACCUCGAUAACCCACGACCGGUAGCGAAGUCCUCGGCCGAAGAAGGACGAGAUCUCCGACGGCGGAACAUCACUAUCACCCUCCUGAUCGUCUUCGUGACGUACCUUGUUUGUUGGACACCUAACCAAGUCACAUUCUUCGUCUAUAACGUCUUCGGGGUUCCUCAGAACUACCUAGGCAGCAGCCUACACCUCUACACCACCAUACUUGCUACUUUCAACAUCUGCGUGAAUCCGUUUGUCUAUGCUUUUCGGUAUAAGGCGUUCAAACAGGGUCUUAGUGCCGCUUUGUCAAGAUUCACAUGUAUCCGAUGUCUCCAUGAUUAAUGUAAUUGUAAAAGUUGUUAAGUCAACAGAGGGUCCUGUUGGAAGCUUUAUUCGACCCAAACUGUAAAGUUACUACGACCAUUAUCCAUCGAUGUCAUAAUUGAACUACUACGUGCUCAUCUCUAUGGCAAAUGAGCUGAUCAUGAUGACGGUGACACAGUUACGAGUUACGACCCAUAAUUUGUUCAUUAGGACAAAUAUUAUGUGUAUUGAAUUUGAGGAGAUGGAGCUAGAAACAUAAUACAUGUCCAAUUGUUAAUAUUAGACCCACAAUUAGUCACGUAUUUGAUAAAAUGAAAAAUUGCAAUUGAUUGAUGGCCUCCUUCGUAAACAGCGGGUAUUGGUUUAAUACAUUUUAGAUUGAUAUGCAUUUGACAUUUUCACUCGAUUGCUAAAAAGAGUACUUAGCAAUCAU